GUCUACAAUAGGAAGUCAACUGCACGGAAACUACAGAAAGACUACAACUCCCUGCGAACAUAGCGCCUCUUUUUUCCUUCCCUCUUCGCUCAGGGGGAGUAGUCACAGCUGGAAGGAUAAUAAGAUGCGCAUGAAUUUAUUAUCUGAAAUAAGCGCUAAAAGACAUCAAACGGACGGUUCGGUUGGUCUUAGCAAGCCUUUACGGGAGUUUUCAGUUGGUGUGCGUUUUAGUCAAGUUACGCUUUCAUUUGCGACUUUCAACAAAGUGCAGGUUAAACUUAAGUCGUCGCUUUCCUUAGUUGAUGGAGAUUCAAAGUUUGCUCGGUCCACUCGCAUUGGAAAGAAAUGCCUCCUUCGCUGACUGUGAAGUCUUCCCGUGGUCAGAGUGGAUCGGUGACUUCAGUGAAAACAAGGAGCACCACUUCAAGAUAUGACGUCUGUGAUAUUACGGAAUGUUCAGAAACGAUUUUUCAUCUGGUGAACAACUGUGCCGUGUGGGACCACUGAUGCCUCCUGAUUUAUAAAUUCAAGUUGACAUUCUGGAAAAACCAUACAAUACUGACUCACUGAGACCGAUGAGUACCAAAGAUAUUCCCCAGCAAACAUCCCGUCACGCAACCCUGUAGUAUUCAGCUUUGCAAGUUGCCAUUGGAAAAAAACCAAUGUCUGCCUCCUCUCCCACAUCCUUACCUCGUGCCUACCUCCACUCUCUCCAUCCGCACCACCCGACCUUGCCGGCCAUUCUGUCCCCAUCCCCGGCUGGACCGCUUUACACGCGGCUGUCCAACGGAAGUCACAGUGCCCCGAGCCCCACCAACUCUCGUAGCUCUUUCCAUGGGGUGUCCUUCCUGCUGCAGAUUGGACUGACCAGAGAGACUGUGAACCUGGAGGCCAGUGACCUGUCGCUGUCCGCUGUCAAGGACCUGGUGUGCUCGAUAGUGGACCAGAAGUUCCCAGAGUGUGGCUUUUUUGGCAUGUACGACAAGAUCUUGUUGUUCCGCCAUGACCUAAAUGAUGAAAACAUCCUGCAGAGACUGACCUCCGCAGAAGACAUCCACGAGGGAGACCUUAUAGAGGUGGUGCUCUCCGCCCAAGCCACAGUUGAAGACUUCCAGAUUCGACCUCAUGCCCUUUAUGUUCACUCCUACAAGGCCCCCACCUUCUGUGACUACUGUGGGGAGAUGCUAUGGGGUCUCGUUCGGCAGGGGCUUAAAUGUGAAGGUUGUGGGCUAAACUACCACAAGCGCUGUGCCUUUAAGAUUCCAAAUAACUGUACUGGUGUGCGAAAGAGGCGAUUGUCCAAUGUGUCGCUGCCUGGACCUUCCCUAUCUGUUCCCCGACCAGUACCUGCAGAGAAUGCCGCGGUUGUCUUGGAGGAGCAGAGAUCCCAUCAGGAAGCAGGGAAGCGGAUCCUGUCAUGGAGUGGCAGGCCUAUCUGGAUGGAAAAGAUGGUGUUGGGUCGGGUUAAGGUACCCCACACCUUUGCCAUUCACACCUACACCCGACCCACUAUCUGCCAAUUCUGCAAGCGUCUGCUCAAGGGUCUUUUUCGCCAGGGAAUGCAGUGUAAAGAUUGCAGAUUCAACUGUCAUAAACGGUGUGCUUCAAAGGUACCAAGAGACUGUUUGGGGGAGGUGGACUUCAAUGGCGAGCCAGCCAGCCCAGGCCCGGACUCUGACACCACUCUGGAUACAAUGGAGGUAGACAGCACUGACAUGGAUGGCAGCAGAGGGCUAGAUGACCCUGAAGAACCCUCCACUCCAGAUGAGAGAAUGUUCGACAUGGACUCUCCCAUCUUGGACCGAGAGAAAGAUGAGGAGCCUGUUAAGACUAUUAGCCCCUCCACAAGCAGCAACAUCCCUUUGAUGCGGGUGGUCCAGUCCAUCAAACACACCAAGAGGCGGAGCUCCACCUUAGUGAAGGAGGGCUGGAUGGUUCACUAUACCAGCAGAGACAACCUGCGGAAGAGACAUUACUGGAGGUUGGACAGCAAAAGUCUGAGUCUCUUUCAGAAUGACACCGGAGCCAAGUUCUAUAAAGAAAUCCCUUUGUCUGAGAUCCUCCAGGUAGAGCAGUCCAGAGACUACAGUAGUCUGGCCCAAGGCAGCAACCCUCACUGCUUUGAGAUCAUCACAGCCACCAUGGUCUACUACGUGGGAGAGAACAAUGGAAGCCAUUAUCACAGCCCUGCUCUGGCUGCCUCCGGAGUGGGCUUGGAGGUGGCUCAAGGAUGGGAGAAGGCCAUCAGACAGGCCCUGAUGCCAGUCACUCCUCAACCUAGUGUUGCAAUUGCAGCGGGACCAGGAAAAGAUCACAAAGAGCUGUCAAUCAGCAUAUCUGUGUCCAACUGCCAGAUCCAAGAGAAUGUGGAUAUUGCUUCUGUGUACCAAAUAUUCUCGGAUGAAGUACUGGGGUCAGGACAGUUUGGCAUCGUGUAUGGAGGUAAACACCGAAAGAGCGGCAGGGAUGUGGCCAUCAAAGUUAUUGACAAGAUGAGAUUUCCUACCAAGCAAGAGAGCCAGCUAAGGAAUGAGGUGGCCAUAUUGCAGAAUCUUCAUCAUCCUGGUAUUGUCAACCUGGAAUGCAUGUUUGAGACGCCAGAGCGAGUGUUUGUCGUUAUGGAGAAGCUGCAUGGAGACAUGCUGGAAAUGAUCCUGUCCAGUGAGAAGAGCAAACUGCCUGAACGAAUAACCAAGUUUUUAGUUACACAGAUCCUGGUGGCCUUGAGACAUCUGCACUUCAAAAACAUCGUUCAUUGUGACUUGAAGCCUGAGAACGUUCUACUGGCCUCUGCAGAACCGUUUCCUCAGGUAAAGCUGUGUGACUUUGGCUUUGCCCGCAUCAUUGGCGAGAAGUCUUUCCGGCGGUCGGUGGUGGGCACACCGGCUUACCUGGCUCCUGAGGUUCUACGUAGCAAAGGCUACAACCGCUCCUUAGACAUGUGGUCUGUUGGCGUCAUUGUGUACGUCAGCUUGAGCGGGACGUUCCCUUUCAAUGAGGACGAGGACAUUAAUGACCAGAUACAAAAUGCUGCCUUCAUGUACCCCCCUACACCCUGGAAAGACAUCUCUACAGAAGCCACAGAUCUGAUCAAUAAUCUCCUCCAAGUGAAGAUGAGGAAGAGGUACAGUGUAGACAAGUGUCUCAGCCAUCCUUGGUUGCAGGACUAUCAGACAUGGCUGGACCUCAGGGAGUUUGAGACACGACGAGGCGAACGCUACAUCACCCAUGAGAGCGACGACGCACGGUGGGAAGAGUAUGCGGACGAGCACUGUCUGGUUUACCCCAAACACUUCAUCAUGGCGCCCAACCUUGAUGACAUGGACGAGGAUCCCUAGCGGCACAUGGGUCUUACUACUGCACAUGUGAUCAGAGAAACAGGACCGUCACAGGGGGACUUUUUGCAACAAACUUUGGGAACUGUGGAUUUUCCCUUGCGCUAUUCGCUGCAGAAACACAGAGAAGCCGAUGAUGAGCGGGGGAACCCUGGCGGUGUUUGUAGCAUCAUGCGCUGCUGCAACUAGCAAAGCUGAGGAUGUGCGCCGAUGAAAAACAUACGGGAACUGAUGAUGAGAGAUGACACCCAAACAUUCCAUGAAUUAAAGAACAUGAACUGUUUUCUACACUUUUGGUUCAUGUUGAGUAAUAAUAGGGCUGUUUUUUGUGAGAGGAUGUCUGCGGAAAGAGAACGUAUCCCAGGAGUAAAGGGCACUUUUGUCUCUUGAGAAUUUAUCCCCAAUACUGUAAGUUCUCAUUUCUGAACGGUUUGUGAGACAGUCCUUUGGCAUGAAACUGGAACUACCAUGUAUGUAUUUGUAUGUUAUUUUAAUGUAUUUAGUAAUUGUGGUUGAGUUUUGCACUAUAUUUGCAUUGAACAUUGUGAAGGAAUAGAAAGCGUGUUUGCUGCUACAAAGGGCAUGUCUGGUCUGGUCUGGUGCAAAGUGUUCAACAAUGAUAAUCAGUGCGCUCGUAUUUGCCUCAACGCGAGUAUGAGCGGAUGUAUCACCUGAGAUGGCAAGUGACUACGACUAAAUAAGUUGUACUGUUCCUGAGUACAAUCACUGAAGAGUUAAGUACUAAACUCUGUUCGAACAUCGUGUUUCUAUUUACCGUAUUUUCAGGACUAUAAGUUGCUCCGAAGUAUUCAGUGGUAAACAUAACAAAAAUCAAAUCAAAUCAACUUUAUUUGUAUAGCACUUUUCCUGCAAAGACAUGCAACACAAAGUGCUUUACAGAAUUAAAAACAAUUACCACAAUUAAAAGGAAAAACAAAUCGUAAGAAAGCCCCUCCCACCCUCCAUACUACACACACACACAAUCACACACAGUAGGGAGACAUGGCAUGGCACUGAGGAUCAAGUAAACGCGAUCUUUGGAGCCAUCCACACUGGGAGGAGCCGCAGGCCGUGCCAUCGGGGGACCAGCACCCGGGCCCCCCGACUCCGACAGAUGGGCGGACCCCCACAUUAAAGGGAGGAACCCCCAGCCGGCCGGUUCGAAGGGACCCAAGGAUGGCACCCCCUCAGCAGACCCGACACAGCCCCCAGUGUGGAGGACCUCCCCUGAGGAAAUACUGGAGUUAAAAGCUAAAAACUAAAAGCAUAAAAUAGGACUAAAAAAGAAAAGUUUAAAAAUAUUAGUUAAAAUUAAUUAAUUAAUUAAUAAUUAGUUAUUAGUUAUAAGACCUAUACAGAAACUACACACCAUAACCUGCAUAGAAAGCUUUCUCGAUAUUCCAGAAUCUGCACCUAUUCCAGCUGUGUUUUAAUUGAUUCCACCUACCUCCCAACUGAAUAGGUAAUAGGUCCCCUUCAAGCAAGUUCACCAAGCUCUCGAUCUCAUUCCACAUCACUGAAUGUAGUGAAGUCUUUAUCCUCGGUGCCAUCACCGUCGCUGUCGACAGUAUUGUUUAGUCUUUGUUCAAUUACAUUUUUUUUGAUACACAAGUCCCACUUGUUUAGUUUACUACUAGCUCAAAUUUGACUUAUAGUUCUGAAAAUACGGUUGUAUUUAAAUGGGACAUAAGCAUUCCAAUUCUGGAUGGUGUUUUGAUGCUCCAUGGGUAACUGAAGCCCUGCACAGAGCAGACGUGUCACAUUGAACAAACUGUCCGUUCCGUUAUCUAAUUGAUAUGAUGCUGUCUGAAAUCGUUCACAUGGCAGUUUGGAAGUUCAUGUUCCUCUUGUCUUUUGGGAGUACAUUCCAGUUUUCCUCAAAUCCUUUUCUCGUCUUUGUUGCCGCUGGAUUGGCAGGUGUUUUGUACAUUUCAGUGCAUACCAAUAAAGACUUUAUUGA